CCAUGUGCCCUGCAACCACGGAAAAGAAAACAACGAAAUAUCACGUCAAGAUAGGUGGACAUCUUAACUGCGCAGAUUUAUCCUGUGUUGCAAUAUUUUGUGAACUGAAAAGGAGAAAACUGAAAAGGUUAACCCCAUAUGCAAAUGGUUUGGUCCCGACUGUGGUGUGCACUGCGCAGCUGUCUGCUAGGGAUUUCAGACUCAGUUUCGGGUAAGGUAACCUUCCCGGGUAUGGAGAGUGCAGGGUGGCUUAACAUUCUGAUCCGCCAACUGUGGCCGAGCGCGGAACAGUAUGUAAAUGAACUGUGCAGGACCACCAUUGAGCCGGUCCUCCGUUCGGCCCUCGAGGACUACAAGCUCAAGUCCUUCCGUUUCGAGGAGAUUACCCUUGGCCAGACGCCCCCGAAGCUCACAGGGGUCAAGGUAUAUGAUGACCAGGCGUUGGCCGAGAUCGUCAUGGACUUGGAUUUCGAGUAUAUCGGAGACUGCAAGAUCAGAGCCAGUGUUUCCGAGCUGACAUUUGGGAUCGAAGACUUGCAGUUGACUGGGAGGUUGCGAAUCGUGAUGAAGCCUUUAGUGAAGGACCCCCCUCUGGUGGGAGGAGUCCACGUGCUGUUCCUUAGCAAGCCGGAGUUAUCAUACAAUUUCACAGGAACAGCCAAUGUCCUCGAUCUGCCUGUAGUCAAGAGGCUCUUCCAUAGGGCAGUGGAGGAACAGAUUGAAGAGCUGAUGGUGAUGCCCAAUAAGCUUCCCAUACAAAUACUGAAUAGUAUUGACGUGGCCGACUUUAUGUGUCCAGUUCCAAGUGGAGUGGUGCGUCUCCACAUCAUUGAGGCGGAAAACCUCGCGAAAAAGGACUUUGGGAUUCUGGACACAAGCAAACCCGAUCCGUAUUGCAUCAUGCGCAUCGGCCUGCAGAACUUCAAGACAGAGACCCUCAGGAACACGCUUAACCCGAAGUGGGACGCUUGCAAGGAGUACGUGUGCAGUUCUGACACCAGGUUUGGAAACAAGAUUCACUUUGAAAUCUUCGAUCAUGACCGUCUGACCGACGAUGAUUUUCUCUUCAAGACACAUUUGGAAUUCCAAGAAAUUUGGAAAAGGGAAAUUGAUACGUGGCUGCCACCUACUGAGACUAAUAAUUCCGGUCGCCUUCAUAUCAAAGCCACUUGGUAUGAUCUGAGUGACUCCGCUGAUUCUCUGCAGAUUCAGCUGGAAGAAAUGUGCGCCCUACAACUGCCGACUAAGAAGCCAUUGCACAGCGCGUUGCUCGUAGUGUGGGUAGACGCCGCCAAGAAUCUCGUAAGUCGACAUCGCAUUCGAAAAAAGGGUGAACCAGACACAUUCGUGAGGGUCCGUCUCGAUGACGUGAAGAAGAAAUCGACGGUGAGGGAACGCACGAACAACCCCGUCUACAGGGAAGGCUUCGUGUUCUUGGUCCGAAAUCCGUGGACGCAGAAGCUAAUGCUGGAGGUGAUUGGGAGAAAACACGAACGUCAACUGGGCAAAGUGGAGGUGGACCUGAACAGCGUCUUGAAUGAACCCAAGUUGGAGGUCAGAGGGAAGGAGUUCGAGCUCCAGGGCGAUGCAGAGGAAACGGCAACACUAAAGUUAAACAUCAUAUUGAGGAUCCUAAGGAAAGCAGUUGCAGAGAAUAAUGAGAGUAUUGCUACGGAAUGAAGCUAAUUUUUAAUUCUUGUAUUCACUGUUGACUUACAAAUGGACUCUUUCUUGUUAUAAGCAGUAAAGAGAAAUGAAUUGUAAAAGGAAUAACAAUUACAAAACAGAAAUACGUAUCUUAUCAUUGAUACAUAUCUCCUGAGUUUUAUAUUAAUGGGACAAAUGAAGAAAUAGAAGAAGUGAACAUUUUAUUAUAUGGAUAAUUUGUUCUUAAGCACAGGAUUCAGAAUUCUUCAAGAGAUAAAUAGACAGUGAGAACCUAGUUAUUUGUGUCAAAACUUUUAGGAACUUAAGUAUAAUCCAUCAGUAGACAGGAAGAUAACGUAGUGUCGUGUGUUUAAGACUUGAAGUAGCCAGACAAAAAGAUCCAUAAUCCUAAAACAAUAGGGUAUGCUUUCACGAUUACUAUAGCUUGUUUUGAUUUCUUCUGCAUAUAUCUUUGAUGAUUACCAAAUGGCUAACGUAUUCUCAUGUCAUUAGUUUGGUCAUUUUUUAUAGCAUACGUGAUUUUUGUUAUAUAAUUAUGUAAUGAUUCUAAGGUCUUAUGUUCUAGUAAAAUAAUAAAUGGAAAAACAAGAA